AUGGAAACUAUCGCUUAUAUUUCUCUUCCUGAGGAAAAUGUAUUAAAUAGAUAUACAACAAAAGAACUUGUCACUUUUUUAAGUAAUUUAAAUGCAAAGCUAGAUAUUGACUUCAAUAUUUUCCACGUUAAAAAAAUCGACGAUAAGUCUUUAAUUAAACAUCAAGAAGGAAGAACAAUAGGGAAUUCGGAAAAGAAUUUCGAAAAAAUCAUAACAUUUGCGAACACUGGUAUUAAAGUGGAGUCUACUCAUAGCGAC